GUUUGAAGAGGUUUUCCAGUUCUUUUCUAGAUGUGAAACAAAUAAUCGAUUAUUUGUUUUCAUAUUGUCAAAUUAAAAAAAAAUACACUCUUUCGUUUACUUGACUUAAUAUUAGUUUUUGGAUUUAAUGCUGCUGUUUAGUUUUAUGUUUUAUAAAUGUACAAUCAUUUGCUAUUAAAAAGUAGUUGUGCAACUGAGAAGGAGAUAUGAAAUUUUAAUUUGUACCGUGAAUAUUCGCUUAUUAAUUUAGUAAGAUGUAUAAUCUGAUCGAUGUGUUUUAAAGAUGAUUUGAUUUUGUGCUAAAAGGAAUUGUAAAAUUUAUAUUUGGCGCAUAAAUGUAUCCUUUUUGGAGAAGAAGUCAGCUCAAUUUCACCAUGGUUUCCCGAAUGCAACUAAAAUUUCCAACCUUAGCUCUCUACACUGUGUCUUUACCAUUGGUGUCAUUUGUUUUUUGUGUUUUAUGGUCUAUUCUCUAUAAUUUUGAAAGAGCGACUUUUACUCACUGCCAUGUUCCAAAUUACUUACCUUCCAUAAGUGCAUCUAUCGGUAGUUUCACACCUCAAAGACACGUAUGGCAAAUUUGCGUAGCCAUCCACUCUGCACCUAGAUAUUUAGUAGUUGCUAUGUAUUACAGCCAUCUUUGUGAUAUUCUUUAUAAAAGUGCUAUUUGGCAAUGGUUAGCUUCAAUUAUUUUUCUUCUCCAAUUCACGGAAGUGUCGAGUUUGCUCGGUUUAACCUUUGUGUCUUCAUCUGAAAACUUUCACAUUCAUGAACUUUGCUUUAUCACUUUCAUGAUAUCCGCACUUUCUAAUAUGCUGCUAUUGUAUUUUGCAAUGAAACGUGGUGUGAAGCAUAGACUUACUCUUUUGGAAAGAACUUCUCUGAAGUAUAAAACUAUAUUUGGCUUGACAAAUGUUACUGCAUUUCUACUCGCUGUAUACUUCUAUUUCCGCCAUAAUUGGUAUUGUGAGGCUACGGUCUACACUUACUUUGCUUUCUUUGAAUAUAUUGUGGUUUUUUCAAACAUGGCUUAUCAUAUGACUGCUUAUUGGGAUUUCUGUGAUCAUGUAGUUUCUGUUAGUUCCUGUUGCAGUCUCUCAGUUACUUCAAAACAACAGGCAAAAUAUUUAACAAAUGAUUUUGUUGUCAAAGUUGCUUAAACUUUAAAUGUACUUAUGGUCAUUCCUAAUUAGUGGUGGGGACGGAACUUUUUUGACAGGGGGUGUUUUGCUGGGGAAGAAUAUACUGUGGAAAUAAGAAUAAAAGAAAAAGCAUCAUUUCUAGAGCAAAUUAUCUUAAACUUCUGUGAUUUAAGAAUUUGUAUUAUUUAUUUUUAUAUGAAUUUAAAUUUCAAGCGGAAGCAAGCCAAUCAUUGGCAAUUU